CCACCUUCUUAGACGUCAAAGAGCUGAUGAAUCUGUUGCCUAGCAGUGAACUGAUUAGCGGCGAGUGAAUGUGUUGUUUUUCUUUUAGAGCGGUUUUGUCUUUGAACUUGGAUACCAGAGGGAAAAGUAGGAAUUGUCUGAAGAGAUUGGGAAAAGAUCACUGAAACUUCAAAAAGGGAUUUGUUGUCCGGACAUGUUGCCGCCUUUGUUACAACUAUGGGCCAAACACAGACUGCCGUGGACAAGGAAGUGACUCUUCAAAAUAUUCAGGAACUCUACCGCAAGUUUAUAACCGAGUGUCCGAGUGGGAAUUUGCACUUGCACGAGUUCAAGAGAAUCUUUUGCGUCAAAAGCAACUGCACCGAAGAGGAAUCAGCCUACAUGGAGAAUGUGUUUCGAUCUUUUGACACAAAUAAGGACGGUAAAAUCGACUUCAUGGAGUUUGUGGCCGCUGUGCAUCUCGUCCUUCGUGGGAAACUUGAGGACAAACUCAAAUGGUCUUUUAAGGUUUUUGACAGAGAUGGAAAUGGAUGUCUGGACAGACAGGAAGUACAACACAUCAUUAAAAUCAUCUCCACGUUAAAGAGGCACAACGAUCCAGGAAUCACCGAGAAUAUUGAAGACAUCUGCGAAAGAAUAUUUGAGUUGGUGGACAAGAACCAUGACAGUCGGAUUUCUUUAGAGGAAUUCAUUGAGGGGGCUGAAAAAGACUCAUGGGUGAUGGACCAACUCAAACUGGACAUCGGGCCCUCCGACUGGUUCUUGGAACAGCAGCACAAACCUUGAUUUGUCAAGACUGAUUUGAAAUGACUGGACAAUCAUACUGUCCAUUUGGAAGCACCAAUGAUGGUAACACGGUCUUCAGCAAAUGCUCUUUUGUUUACAAAGGUUCAGUUCCAAGGAAAUAAUCUGCAUCAACUAAUUUCUUAUGUGGGGUUGAGAGAUUCAGGAUUAUCUCAAACCACCAAUCAAAACACUGAGAAAGUUUCACUGUGUAAAAAUUACAUUGGCACUAAAAACGUUGUCAACAAACAGAAUGUAUACUGUUUUUAAACAUCAUUUUAAAGGUCUAGUGUGUAAGAAUUAACAUCUAAGGGUGAGACUUGAGAAUAUUGUAACACCCUCAACAUCUCUUAUCAAAUAAACACAAGAUCAUUUGUG